AUGCACUUCAUCUACAUGGUGCCGCCUGCUCUUGCAUACCACGGUGUCUUCACCUCAGACAUAGACAUGGUGAAAGAGAGUGUACGGCAGUGCCAGUUAUACUGCGAAGUGCUGGGCACGUCGAAAGGGUAUUGGCGACACAUUGCCAAUGCCGAGGGCACAGACAGCUUAAAGAGCGAUGGAGGCGCGUGGUGUACGAGCAAUGCCUGGGCUGCAGCUGGGAUGACUAGGGUCCUAGCAACGUUGCGCAAAUCUCAAUAUAAACCGGAAACCGCUGAUGAGCAGAAGAUGCUACUAUAUAUGACCAAAGGCAUUCUUGACGGCGCGAUAGAGGCUGAUACCGAUGCAUCCGGCCUGUUGCGUAACUAUCUCGAUGACGAGACAUGGUUUGGAGAGGUUGCUGGAACAGCGUUGAUGGCAGCUGCGGUCUUCAGAAUGGCGGCCCUCGAGCCUGGCACAUUCGGAGAACGGUAUGUAGGAUGGGCGACGCGCGACAUCAAGAACCGCUCCACCGCCAUCGCGGAUGCGAAGGAGCCCGCGACAUUAAUGCUAGAAGCCAUCCAGAAAGCCAUCAGCGACACCGGAUGCCUUUCGAAAGCUGACCUGCAGUCAGCAAUCGACAGCAUCGAUGUCGUCAAGACGUGGACUUGGCCGUAUCCAGAUCUACCCGGGCUUUUGGCAGAGAAGCUAGGCGUUGAUCAGAGUCUGAAGUGGAAGAGAUAUUCCGAACAUGGAGGCGAUAAACCAGGAAAGCUCUUCGAUGAGGCCGCUAAGAGGGUUGCGAAAGGCGAAUGCAAGGUCGCAAUUGUAACUGGAGGUGAAGCAUUAGCUUCGUGUACGUACCGCAUGCCUUUCCGCCGUCUCCACUCAUCGCUAAUUGUACCAGUAUCCGCGUGUGCAGCUGCAAAGAAGCUUCCUCCACCAGGCUGGACAGCUCCGUCCGAAGCCGUAGAUUCGGUCUUCACACCAACAGGUCGCGACCUAGGAAAUAGUGCGGUUUCCUCUCUCUGGCAAACCCUUUCUUCUACUGACUCUGGCAAAGACCUUGGAGCUAUUCACAAGAUUGGUGCGCCGAUACAUGUUUACCCACUUUACGAGAACGCGUUCCGUGCGCAUCGCGGGCAGACGCUGAAGGCAAACCACGAAGAGAGCGCAAAGCUGUAUGCUGAAUUUGCAGACGUCGCAAAGAAUAAUAAGUACGCUUGGAGUCAAGGAGCUUCAAGUAGUGAAGAAGACAUCAAGACUGUUGGGAAGAAGAACAGGAUGAUAUGCUAUCCUUAUCCUCUGCUUAUGAACGCCUUCAACACGGUGAAUCUUGCCUCUGCAAUCAUCCUCACAUCCACUUCUUUCGCCAAAACUUUAGGUGUUCCCGAAUCGAAAUGGGUCUAUCCGCUUGGUGGCGCAGGAACGAAGGACGCCGAUGAGUUCUGGAAACGACCGAACUUCUACACAUCGCCCAGUAUAUCGCGCUCUAUCGAUGCGAGUUUGAAGACUUCUGGUGCGACCAAGGAAGAGAUGGAUAUCAUUGACAUUUACUCCUGCUUUCCCAUUGUGCCUAAGAUUGCGGCGCAGCAUCUAGGAAUACCUGUAGUUGGUCGUCAAAAGCCGUUGACGAUACUUGGUGGUCUGACAUCGUUCGGCGGAGCUGGCAACAAUUAUUCGAUGCAUGCGCUCACCGAGAUGACUCGGCAGAUAAGAGACGGUAAAGGGGAAAAGGGACUCGUGCUCUGCAAUGGCGGCGUUCUGAGCUAUCAGUACGUCGUGAUAUUGUCAAAAGAGCCUAGAAGAGAAGCAAACUAUCCGAUAGAGAACUCUCUACCGCCACAGAUUACUGAUAUACCCACGCCUGAGCUGGUUUUCGACCCAGAGGGCGAGGCUGUUGUCGAAACUUACACCGUAGAGUUCAACCGAGACGGCAGCCCGCUUCGAGGUCACAUUAUUGGUCGCUUAAAGAGCAGCAACAAACGUUUCCUUUCGAACCAUGGCGAUGAGAGUACAUUGCGACAGAUGGCUAGUGGUGCGGUCGAGAUUGUGGGUAAAAGCGGAUGGGUAUGGCAGGAUGGUGAGAUGAAGGGGAGCUCCUUGUUUGCAUUCGAUAAGCCAGCAAAACUUUAG